AGGUUUCUGUUUCCACGACUCGAGGAAGCCUGGGCCUCCACUCCCUCGUGGGAACCGCGCCUCCUGGCUCGAGCCAUUUUGGUCCGGGCCGCCUGCGCAGAAGGGCCGCCCAGGGAACGCCCCAGCCCGGAUGCCGAGCGGGCACCUCCCGGAUCCGAAGGCGGCGCCCAGCGGGCACUGGCCAGAGGAGCCGGCGGGCGGCAGCGGCGGGGCGGCCCCAGAGGCGGGCUCUGCGCCCGCUGCGCCCGCGGCGCCCGCGGCGCCCGCCGCGCCCGCAGCGGGCUCGCCGCGGGCCGCCGUCGAGGGCGCCGCGGGGCCCGCCGCGGCGAGCCCGCGGAGCCCGCCCGGACCCACGGAGCCCUGGGGCGAGGCUGGCGGCGGCGGGGUCGUGGGCGAGCGCGCCGCCGAGCCGAGGCACAGCACGAGGGCCGUGCUGCCGCGGAGGUGUGGCUUACUGAACGACCUGGAGAUCGAGAAGUUCCGGAGCAGCGGGUGGGCCCCCCGGAGGGGCGACGUGGUCGUGGCGAGCGGGUUCUUCAUCCGAGGGCUCCAGCGCCUGCUGGUUUCGCUCGUGGAGGGUAGGGAGGAGCCCUACGCGGAGGGGCUCAUCGACAAGCCGCACUUGCUGGAGGCGGGCGCCUCGAGGCGGGGCGCGGAGGGGUACUCCGACUUCCUGGCGAGCUGGCCCGGUCGGCGGCUGUUCAAGACGCACCGGCUGCCCCACGAGGUGCCUUUCAGGUGGCCCCCCACUGAGAAGGAGGUGCGGGAGGGCAGCGCGCCAAAGGUCGCGGUGUUGGUUUCAGACCCGCGGUACGCGCUGUCGGUCACGUGGGAGGCCAUGAACGCCAUGGGUAUUGCCCAGCCGCUGCCGCAGGGCGGGCGUGCCUUCUCCGAGUUCAUCGACAUGAUCGUGCAGCGAGAGACCACGUUUCACAUGGAUCCGUUCAGCCACUCCGUGGCGUGGGCUCGGGAGGCGAUGAAGUGGCCAGGCCAAGUCAAGCUCUUCGAUGUGGAUCGCUUCGCCUCGCUCAAUCCCCGGGAGGUCGCCGCGGCGUGCGAGGAGUUUGCGGAGUUCAUCGGCCUCCCCGAGCCCGCCAGCGCAGCCGCCCGCCUCGUGGCUGCGCUGGGGAACCCUCCAGAGAGCGCGCCGCUCGCCCUCGCCAAGGACUGCAUCCCGGACCCCGAGGCCGUCCGCGGCGGCCCUCUGGUGGAGCUGCUGGGCCCCCGCGUCCAGACCUUCGAGGCGGAGGCGGCGACCUGGAGCUACGGCACGAGGUCUGCGUACCGCCGGCUCCUCGGCCUCCUGAGGGACGUCCCCAUGCUGGCCGCGCUCGCCCAGCGCGCCAUCGACGGCGUCAUGACGGUGCCGCCGCCGAUGCUCUGCGCGCCCCUCAAGGGCGUGGCCGCGCAUGCCGCCGGGACGUGCCGCGUCUGCGUCUUCUCGGAG